CGGUUCUCUUCUUCUCUUUGUCUCUUGCGGGAGCGCCUGAAUGGAUGCCAUGGCGCUCCUGUGUCUGGCGAGUCUCGGCAUUCUUGCAGAGGGCAUACCUGCGCCGCGUUCAAACGCAUGGUCAGGGCAAAUGGUUGUGGAUGCCAGCGGCCGGCUGAUGCCAAUGCAGGAUACUGUGCCGGUGAUCCGGAAGGUUGGCCAGGCACCAGUGCCUCCUGUUCCCACAGAUUGGCCUAGGCAGUCAGGGCCGAAGCACCAGGAGUUCGAUGACCCUGCACUGCCUCCAGAGGUUGAAAGAGAGGCACAAAUCUCCAAGAUAAUGCAGCAGCCGUCCCCGCGCAACGUGAAUGAGCCGAGGGCAACCCAGGCGAAGCCGCCGGAAACACCGGGCAGGCUAACGACUGCCACAGAUCUUCUCAUUCUCAGCUCGGGUGCAUUUCUUCUCCCAGCGCAUCGCGGUGGCCAGAAAGGCUUGAACUGGCUUAGUUGCAUCUUUGCCAUGCAGGCCAUCAUUUGUGGUGUCUACCAUUAUUGCGACCAACAUCGCGUGGGCACAGAUCUGGAUGGCCCGGUUUGUUCAGAGACCACCUACCGAUUCUGGCACUUGGCUGACCAUGGCAUGGCUUACUUUAUCAUGCUCCAGAUGGCCUUUCUGAUCUUGGGACCUGAAGAUCCUACCCUCCGACGUGACACGACCAGGGACGCAUGGAGCUUUGCGCGGGAGCCUUCUGCAAGCUCAGGCCUGGCUCCGAGUUGUGGCGGAGGCUCCCUCGUGGCUAUGGGCACGCGGAUUUGUCCUGCUGGCGUUCUCAGCAUUAUCCUGUGGCUGAGCGCGCGCAGCGAUCAUGCCGUAGGAAGCCCUGCUUUCCAUUUGGUGCUGGGAGGCCUUUGCUGUCUGCUUUUCCUCUUUGGCAAAGGCUCCUUCUGGCUGCUGCGCCCCGCAGCUGCAGCGCACACGCUGGCAUUGCCACAGGCAUGGCUUCGGCUGGUCUUGUGCUUUUCCUCUGUAGGGCUGAGCAUCCUGCUGUUCUUGGGAAUGCAGACAGUCGCCAACGACAAGACGAAGGUUGGGAUGGGCGGCUACAAGGCGUAUGCACACUCGAUGUGGCACGUGGCGGCAGCUGUGCUGGCGGCCGGCGUGCUGGAGCUCCUGGAGUGGCAGCGCCUGCGCUUCCUGCAGCAGGAUUUCCAGGGCCACGAGUUCUUCGGGAAAGAUGUGCGAGAGAGAACGCGCUCGUGAGAGAUGCA